AUGUCAACAUUUGGUUCAUUCUUCCGUGUCACUACUUAUGGUGAAUCCCAUUGUAAAUCAGUUGGUUGUAUUGUUGAUGGUGUUCCACCAGGUUUAGAUAUAACAGAAGCUGAUAUUCAACCACAAUUAACUAGAAGAAGACCUGGUCAAUCUAAGUUAUCCACCCCAAGAAAUGAGAAAGAUCGUGUUUUCAUCCAAUCCGGUACAGAAUAUGGUAAAACUUUAGGUACUUCUAUUGGUAUGUUGGUUGCAAAUGAAGAUCAAAGACCAAAAGAUUAUUCAGAAACUGAUUUAUACCCAAGACCUUCUCAUGCUGAUUUCACUUAUUUGAAGAAAUAUGGUACUAAAGCUUCCUCAGGUGGUGGUCGUUCAAGUGCAAGAGAAACCAUUGGUAGAGUUGCUGCUGGUGCCAUUGCUGAUAAAUUCUUAGAAAAAGCCAACGGUGUCGAAAUUGUUGCAUUUACUUCACAAAUUGGUCAAGUUAAAAUGAAUAGAGAUGUUCAAGAUCCAAAAUUCAUUGAAAUUUUAAACACUAUUACAAGAGAUGAAGUUGAUGCUGCUGGUCCAGUACGUUGUCCAGAUUCAGAAGCUGCACCAAAAAUGGUUGAAGAAAUUGAAAAAUAUAGAGAUUCAAAAGAUUCAAUUGGUGGUGUUGUUACUUGUGUUAUUCGUAACUGUCCAAUAGGGUUAGGUGAACCAGUCUUUGAUAAAUUAGAAGCUCUUUUAGCUCAUGCUAUGUUAUCAAUCCCAGCUUCAAAAGGUUUCGAAAUUGGUUCCGGUUUUGAAGGUGUUCAAAUUCCAGGUUCAAAACAUAAUGAUCCUUUCUACUUGGAAGAAGAAACUGGUAGAUUCAGAACUAAAACCAAUAACUCUGGUGGUAUCCAAGGUGGUAUCUCAAAUGGUGAAAAUAUUUACUUUUCAGUUGCGUUCAAAUCAGCAGCUACAAUUUCUCAAGAACAACCAACUGCUCAAUACAAUGGUUCUAAAGGUGUUUUAGCUGCUAAAGGUAGACAUGAUCCAGCUGUUACCCCAAGAGCUAUUCCAAUUGUUGAAGCCAUGGCUUCAAUUGUCAUUGCUGAUACCUUAUUGAUGCAAAAAUCAAGAGAAUACACUCAAACACUCUUCAACAAAGAAUAG